AAACUACAGAGGGCGCUGUUUACUUCAUCACAAAGAAUCGAAAAUAAGCGAGUUGAAACUCGGUACUUCGCAAUAUGGGGGUGACUUGUGUUUGUCAGUGGCCGGUGACUGAGAGCAGGACAGUGCAGCAGACUGUCGAGAUGCUGACACGGCGGAUUGAGGUCCUGGGAGCAGUCAAGACCGGCAACUUCUGCGUGGACUGUGAGACGUACCAAUCAUCAGUUCCGACGAUAAAUUCCACCAAGUUGGUACACCUGAUGCAUAACAGCGAGCAGCCACUCACAUGCUUCAGCAUCACCGACACCGGGGCAUUCCUUGUCGCCGACAACCACUUGGAGGGCAUCAUGCAGAAACUCAAGGGAUUCUACACUCCCAGGAAAUCAGCCCGGGUGGAGUCCAAGGGCCAGCGCUUUGAGCUGGGGGACUUUCUGGUCAAGGUUGGCAUUGUGUCCAUCGGCCCACACACCAAGGGCAUUCUUGUUGAGGUGGAGUACACGCCAUGCAUCAUUGUAUCCGACUGCUGGAACCUCCUGAGCGAGUUCAUGCAGAGUUUCAUGGGCAACCAGUUGCCCAGCAUGCCCACGACUCUCCUGGCCAAGCAGGACCUGCCAGUCACUCCCGUCGACACCAUGAUGCAGUAUCUAGAGCACUUCAAUAACUUCAAGAAGGGGCCUGGAGGGAGGUGAAGGGAGCCGGCUCUCGACUCAUCAUCCUCAGACUAUCAAACCCUGCACCCUCUAAGCUGCUUGGGAUUCAUCCCGAGUCCUCCCAAAGCAUGCAGGAACAGCGACUUUUCAUUUCCCAGCUACCAAGAGUUCAAGACCCAUGUAAAGCUACGGAGAGACAAUGCACGAACUUUAGAUACUGCUUCCCGACCAUUUGUUGUGAGAUUUUCGUUGGACGGACACAGUCAAUGGGCACACUGGUUUGUUUGCCUAUGGAAGUACUACAACCAGUGGUGUAAAACUCGCACUGGUACUGUUUUUUUGUUUGGUAUUCGUACAUGUACUCGCACUCGCAAGAAAAUAUUACUUGUACUUGUACUCGUACUCGUGACAAAGUACUUGUACUCUUGCAAAUGUUCUCCCGCAAGAAUUGUAAAAAUAUUAAGAGCUACAUGCAGGACAAGAACCAGUUUUCAACUGUUUGGGAGGCCUAGGCUUCUGCCUAGUCUGACAACAAAAAGCUCUUGAAAACAUGCGACACUUUGAACUGUGCUCCUACUUGUGGAAAGGAAUUGUACUUGUACUUUAACUUGUACUCAUGGCUAUGUACUUGAAGUACUGGAAAUGUACUUGAGUACUACAUCUGCCUACAAUACAAUUUUAUUGUAAUUGUGCACAAACUGUAUACAGUCAAGUCUCGUUAAUACAAACUCGUUCGGACCUAGCCAAAUUGUUUGUUAUAUCAGAAUUUUGUAUUAAGAGGAACAUCAG